CAAGUACCUUGGGUUUCUGUAACCACAAGAAGAGACUACUAUGAUCCUCCAAGACCAUGGCAAGUGUAGUACUCAAAAGCCAGCAUGCCGUAACCCCCCAAGAUUCUCAAUCUACUACUGAACACUUGUAUACGCACACUCAAACUCAGGACUCUUCCAACUUUGACACUCCCUCUACAACAUCAUCUCGCCAGUCACGACAAACACGGCCUUUGCAACAAGAGAUUGAAAUGCCUCCCCCUCCCACUCCUCCACUUCUCACCCUUGUACCGGAAGCCCUACCAGCGGUCAAUUACAUCUCCUAUGCUAAAAUCUAUCUUGGGUGAAUGAGAUGCAACAAGUUCUACGAGCUUAUAGACCGCUCUACUGCAUAGGUUACUGCUCUCGCC